CACGUGAUUUUUACCGCCUGCUACUGGCAGCACCGCGUUAAAUCCGACACUCAGCCGUCUGUUUUUACACGUUUCGGAGACGUUACACGUUGAGUCUGAGCCAGAGACGUUUCACAGUGGAGCAUGUCUUCAUCUAACGUGAGCCUGACGGACCUGAGGAGGAAUGUGGAGCAGCUGAAACUGCAAGCCAGUGUAGAGAGAAUAAAGGUGUCUCAGGCCGCAGCUGAGCUACAGCAGUACUGCCUUCAGAAUGCCCCUAAAGACGCCCUCCUGGUCGGGGUGCCAACAGGCAGCAACCCUUUCCGAGAACCACGUUCAUGUUCCAUCUUUUAAGCACAAGGGAUUGAGUUGGAGGAUUCCUGGAUGUUUGUUACGGUGCAAAGAUGCAGCAUGAACUUUUAUUCUGUUUCUAAAUCAGCAAUGUCUAUUUAUUAAUGAAUUACUGCAUAACAUGAUUGUAACAUUGAUGUCUCUAUUGAUGCCAUGGACCACCUCUGUGACAUUUAAAACAUUGAGCACAAUCAUGAAACUUUCCAUAAUUGUGCCAAAUGAAAUUUUAAUACUCACAAAUUGUGUGUUUUUUUUUUUAAAUAACAAUAUUGAUCUUUAAUCGUGUGCCUUUUGGACUUUUGUGGUAGUUCUGUACAAUUUCUUUAAAAAACUUUUUAAAGUGUAAUUAAUUAUUCAUGCGUUUGCGUUCACAAAGAGUAGUAUGAUGUCUUGGUGCCUUAUAAGACCAAAGUUGUCCACAUCGAGAACUAUUUCAGUCUUGACAGAUUUGCUCAUAUGUGCAUUAAAGGAAUCUGAUAUGAAUAAGCUGUACAUCUGAUAUUUGAUAGUUUUUCAAUAAAGCUGAAUUGUUUCUCUUA